AUGUGGGGAUUCAUUAGCGGAACUUCUGUGAAACCUGAGAAUACCAAUGAGGAUUAUGCUACUUUGAUAGAUGCCUGGGAGUCAAACAAUUCAAAAAUUAUUACUUGGAUUAACAACUCUGUGGAGCAUUCCAUAGGUCGAGAGUUGGCAAAAUAUGAGACAGCAAAGGAGGUUUGGGAUCAUCUGCAAAGAUUAUUCACUCAGUCAAAUUUUGCAAAGCAGUAUCAAUUGGAGAAUGAUAUACGAGCUCUUCAUCAGAAUAAUAUGAGUAUUCAGGAGUUUUAUUCUGCUAUGACAGAUCUUUGGGAUCAAUUGGUCCUUACAGAAUCGACAGAAUUAAAGGCAUGUGCUGCCUAUAUUACUUGCAGAGAGCAGCAACGGUUGGUACAACUUUUAAUGGCACUUCACAGUGAUUUUGAAGGACUCAGAGUUUCAAUUUUGCAUCAUUCUCCACUUCCUUCUGUUGACUCAGUUGUCAGCGAGUUAUUGGUUGAAGAAAUACGUCUUAAGUCUUAUGCUGAAAAUGGAAUUAUGUCUGCUUCUAAUCCUUUUGUAUUAGCAGUGUCUUCUAAGCCAUCCUCUAAUAAUCAAAAUAAGCCUUACACAAGGGUUACCUUUGACGAAUGCAGUUUCUAUAAGCAUAAAGGUCAUUGGAAGGCUCAGUGUCCUAAGUCGAGACAGUCGAAUCAAUUACAGCAGCAAUCUCAAGCUUGGAAGCCUGGCAACCAAUCACGAUCUAAUGCUCAUAGACCACCACAAUCUAAUACUGCAGCAGUAGCUUCAUCAGGUCCUUUCACUGAUCCUAGUACUUUGGCUGAGCAAUUUCAGAAAUUUCUCUCCUUACAGCCUCAAGCUAUGUCUGCUUCUUCCAUAGAUUAUUCGUCUUUUGCUUCUGUGUCCCCUUCGUCCUCUAUUGCUGUCAUGACUGCUGAUGGCAUUCCUAUGCCAUUAGCAGGUGUUGGUUCUGUUGUCACACCUCACUUGUCCCUCCCUAAUGUUUAUCAUAUUCCGAAAAUCACAUUAAAUCUUGCUUUUGUUGGUCAGUUAUGUGAUUCUGCUUUACCUUUUAAUCGAAGUAUUUUUGUUUUUUCUUCUCCAUUUGAUUUGAUUCAUUCUGAUAUAUGGGGGCCUUCUCCUGUUGCCACAAAAGAAGGGUGUGAUUUGGGUGGGGAAUACACUUCUAAUAAAUUUUGUGAGUUGCUUGCUUUAGAUGGAACUAUUCACCAAACUUCGUAUACAGAUAUUCCUGAGCAAAAUAGUGUUGCUGAAAGAAAACAUAGGCACAUUGUUGAAACUGCUCGUUCUCUUUUGUUGUCUGCAUCUGUCUCUAGUAUGUUUUGGGGCGAAGCUGUUCUUAUUGCCAUAGGUUUGAUUAAUAUAAUUCCAUCUUCUCAUAUUUCAGGAUUUUCUCCUUUCAAAAAGUUGUAUGGGUAUACCCCUAAUUAUUCUCUCUUUAGAGUUUUUGGUUGUACUUGUUUCGUUCUUCGUCCUCAUGUAGAACGGAGCAAGUUGUCAUCUCGAUCUGCUAUUUGUGUCUUUCUUGCUUAUGGUGGAGGUAAAAAGGGGUAUCAUUGUUUUGAUCCAAUAACUCAGAAACUUUAUGUGUCUCGUCACGUUGUUUUUCUCGAGCAUAUACCUUUCUUUUCUAUUCCAUCCACUACUCAUAGUCUGACUAGAUCUGAUCUUAUUCGUAUAGAUCCUUUUUCUAACAGUCCUGAUAGUUUGUCUUCUCAGGAGCCUACUACUUCAAAUGUCCAUUCUCAUGUUCCUACCCCGUUGUCUUUACAACCAAUUCGUACUAAUCAUUCCGCAGGUACUGACACUUUACUCUCCAGCACACCCGAAGCGUCCUCUUCUAUUUAG